AUGCGGUUUUCAAUUAUAUACAAAAGUAGUUUAGAAAGAACAUUUAGAGUAGAUGCUGAGUUUUAUAAACCAGAUGUUUUGAAAACUUUAAGUCUGCUUAGCAAAAAACAACCUUUAACUAAUUAUGUUAAAGUAAGCGAUGGCAAUCAUUCAAAAAUAACUGAAUAUUUUCAAGAUUAUCCAGGCAUUCCUUAUUACGGAGGAAAAGAUAUAAGUGCUGGUUUUUUUAUUGAAAAUGCUAGACCUGUUUAUAUACCAGAAUCGAAAUACAACCAAAAACAGAUGACUAGAUCCCAUUUUCUUCCCGGAGAUAUUCUGCUUACAACGGUAGGAAUAGUUGGUAAUUUAUCGUUAAUAACAGAUACUAUCAAAGAAAGCACUGGUGCUCGUUCGGUUGGGUUUUUAAGGCCUUCAUCAGAACUUUCCUCUGAAUAUAUAGCAUCAUUUUUAAUGUCAAAAUAUGGCUCGAUUCAAUUAAAAAGAAUAGCCAGAGGUAGCGUUCAAGUAAGGAUACUAUUAGAAGAUUUUGACCAAAUUCAAUUAUAUCCUUGUUCUAGUAAAUUUAAUCAAAAGAUUAAAGAAAUAGUUCAAUUAUCUAUUAAACUUAAUGCUAUAAGAAAGCAAAAAUAUUACGAGGCUGAAAAAAUUCUAUCCAGCGCCCUUGACCUAAAUGAAUUUAAACCACGACACCAAUUAACUUUUACUAGAAACUUCUCAGAUACCAAACAAGCGGAACGAUGUGAUGCCGAAUAUUUUCAACCAAAAUUCGAUGAAGCUAUUCAAAGAAUAAAAAAAUCCAAAAAUGGAUAUAAGUAUCUUGAAGACCUAACUUCUCUUAUAGGACACCCAUCUAAUCCUCCUUGUGAAUUAAGAGAUAUCAAAGAAAAAACAAAAAACCAAAAGUAUCUGCUAGGCAAAAACGAUAUCAUUGUUUACUCAGUAGGUGCUGACUAUGUAGGAAAGGCUAAUUUAUAUAACUCGCCAGUAAGAGCAAUUUGUGGAAGUUCUUUAACGCUUAUACGUCCGAUACAGCAAAUAAUAAAUCCUUAUUACUUAUUGGUGUUUCUUAAUUCUUCUAUCGGACAAUUAUUAACUAGAAGGAAUUUAAGAGGUUCGGUUCAGCAGUGUAUUUAUCCUUAUGAUACAAAAAAAAUACCAAUACCUAUGUUGGAUAAAUUAAUCCAAGAACAAAUCGAAACUACUGUUUGGGAAGGUGAAGAUGCAUACAACAAAUCAAAAUACUUAUUAAAUAUCGCAAAAAGGGCGAUAGAAAUAGCAGUAGAAAUAAACGAGGAAGCGGCAAGUGAUUUUAUUGAUGCUGAACUUCAAAAAUUUCAAUAA